CCCGCGCCCCUGCGCGCCCCGCGCUGCGGCCCGCCCGGCCCGAGCAUGGAGACGGCGGAGAAGGAGUGCGGCGCCCUGGGCGGGCUCUUCCAGGCCAUCGUCAAUGACAUGAAGAGCUCCUACCCCAUCUGGGAGGACUUCAACUCCAAGGCCACGAAGCUACAUUCUCAGUUGAGGACCACUGUGCUGGCUGCUGUGGCCUUCCUGGAUGCCUUCCAGAAAGUGGCUGACAUGGCCACCAACACCCGAGGGGCCACGCGGGACAUCGGCUCGGCGCUCACGCGCAUGUGCAUGCGCCACCGCAGCAUCGAGACCAAGCUGCGGCAGUUCACCAACGCGCUGCUGGAGAGCCUCAUCAACCCGCUGCAGGAGCGCAUCGAGGACUGGAAAAAGUCGGCCAACCAGCUGGACAAGGACCACGCGAAAGAGUACAAACGAGCCCGGCACGAGAUCAAGAAGAAGUCCUCAGACACGCUGAAGCUGCAGAAGAAAGCACGCAAAGAGCUACUUGGGAAAGGAGACCUGCAGCCCCAGCUGGACAGUGCCCUGCAGGACGUCAACGACAUGUACCUGCUGCUGGAGGAGACGGAGAAACAGGCAGUGCGCCGGGCCCUCAUCGAGGAGCGAGGCCGCUUCUGCACCUUCAUCACCUUCCUGCAGCCUGUGGUGAACGGUGAGCUGACCAUGCUGGGAGAGAUCACCCACCUGCAGGGCAUCAUUGACGACCUGGUGGUGCUGACCGCGGAACCCCACAAGCUGCCUCCCGCCAGCGAGCAGGUGAUCAAAGACCUGAAGGGCUCAGACUACAGCUGGUCCUACCAGACCCCACCCUCUUCACCUAGCAGCUCCAGCUCCCGGAAGUCCAGCAUGUGCAGUGCCCCCAGCAGCAGUAGCAGUGCCAAGGGUGGCGGAGCCCCGUGGCCUGGGGGUGCCCAAACAUACUCACCCAGUUCCACCUGUCGCUACCGCAGCCUGGCGCAGCCAGCCACCGCCACCACCCGCCUCUCCAGCGUGUCCUCCCACGACUCUGGCUUCGUCUCCCAGGAUGCCACCUACUCCAAGCCCCCCUCGCCCAUGCCUUCAGACAUCACCAGCCAGAAGUCCUCCAGCUCUGCAUCCUCUGAGGCUUCGGAAACCUGCCAGUCUGUUAGCGAGUGCAGCUCCCCCACCUCGGACUGGACCAAGGCCGGCCCCCAUGAGCAGCCCACAGGCACCACCCUGCAGCGGAGGAAGGACCGAGUGGAGCUCCUCCGAGACACAGAGCCAGGAUCUGCUAGCACAGGCCCCCUGGGCCCCACUGGGGAGGAGGCACCUCGACCCCGGAUGUCCCCUGCCACCAUUGCAGCCAAGCAUGGCGAGGAGGUGUCGCCCGCCGCCAGCGACCUGGCCAUGGUGCUGACCCGAGGCCUGAGCCUGGAGCACCAGAAGAGCAGCCGGGACUCACUGCAGUACUCCAGUGGCUAUAGCACACAGACCACCACGCCCUCCUGCUCUGAGGACACCAUCCCCUCCCAAGGCUCUGACUACGACUGCUACUCUGUGAACGGUGAUGCAGACAGCGAGGGGCCCCAGGAGUUUGACAAGUCGUCCACCAUCCCGCGCAACAGCAACAUCGCCCAGAACUACCGCCGCCUCCUCCAGACCAAGCGCCCGGCCUCCACUGCUGGGCUGCCCACAGCCACAGGCCUGCCCUCGGGUGCACCCCCUGGUGUGGCCACCAUCCGCCGCACGCCCUCCACCAAGCCCACCGUGCGCCGCGCCCUGUCCAGCGCUGGCCCCAUCCCCAUCCGGCCACCCAUCGUCCCCGUGAAGACGCCCACGGUGCCCGAUUCCCCCGGCUACAUGGGGCCCACGAGGGUGGGCAGCGAGGAGUGUGUCUUCUACACAGAUGAGGCCGCCUCACCCCUGGCCCCGGACCUCGCCAAGGCCUCCCCGAAAAGGCUGAGCCUGCCCAACACCGCCUGGGGCAGCCCAUCCCCCGAGGCAGCCAGCUACCCUGGGCCAGGGACCAGGCUGGCAGCGGAGGACGAGGAGGAGCAGCAGCUGGCCGCCAACAGGCACAGCCUGGUGGAGAAGCUUGGGGAGCUGGUGGCCGGGGCCCACGCCCUGGGCGAGGGCCAGUUCCCCUUCCCCACCGCCCUGUCGGCCACCCCCACCGAGGAGACGCCCACCCCACCCCCUGCUGCCACCAGUGACCCCCCAGCAGAAGACAUGCUGGUAGCCAUCCGGCGCGGGGUCCGGCUCCGCAGGACCGUCACCAACGACAGGUCGGCACCCCGCAUCUUAUGAUAGUGCCACCCUCCCCACCCUGCAUGGCCCUGCUGCAAGCAGGUGGCCCUGGUCUGUGAGCAGUGGCCACGCGGAGAGAAGGUACAGCCAGAGCGAGAACAGCGCAAGGGAUGAGGCAAAGCCACUUGACAGAAAAAGACACCCGGGCUGGGUCUCAGGCUCAGCAUUUACCGGGAAUUAACUCACAGACCUUGCCAGGACGGAGCCUGCAGGCCUGGAGCUGGUUUCGAAGCCAGUUUUAUACUUUCCUUGCCUACUCUGUUCCUCUCUUCCUCCCUGCAGGCCCUGCCUUUUCCAAACUCCAGCGAGUCCACAGGGCCUGGCCAGCCUCCCUCUCGCCAUCCUGGCCCCACCUGGCCCAGGGUCCACAGCUCAGCCCCCCUGGCCACUGCUCCCUGGGGUCCUGGGGUCCCAGCUCUCCCUUGAACGCUGAGCCUCUCCUCUCCCUACCUGCAUACCCUGCUCUCCCUUACCUUCUCUCUGCCUCUCCCAGGCCCCUCUCCACCUGGGGGAUAGGGUGGCUGUGGGGCCCGGAGUUCAGGCAGCUGAGGUAGCUAAUUGGGGUCGGGGUGAGGGGAGUGAGGAGGAGCUGGGACGCCAGGCCUUCCCCUGGGGAAGUAGCCCAGGGUCCAGGCGGAGUCUUGGGGAAGAAAUGCGUCAAGGGACCUUGUAGGGGAGGCUGGGGGACUUCCUGGCCCCUCACCCAGGAGGAAUGGCUGCGGGGGGCUGCCGAGCAGCAGGGCAAGGAGUCCGGAGGCCCCUGGGGUCACCUGGCCAGCGCAUAGGAGCCGUUUCAGAUGCCACAUUCUCAUCUGAGCACACUGGGACUUUAACUCUGGCGGCACUUUGGAGCCACAGUUUCAGCAACCUUUAGGGUGGGGCUGGAGCCAUAGAGGAUGAGAGGCGGGUAUUUGAUGAGUCUCAUAAAGUGGAGCUGACCCCAGACAAGGGCUCUGUGUGGGGCAAGCUGGUGGUACAGGGUGUGUGUCUUGAGUGCCUGAGAGAUGGGGCUCCCACAGUGGCCUGGUGGGCCUGUGGCAGGAGGGCAGGAUCGGCUCCCCCAAAGCCAGGGGGAAGGUGGGUAGCCACACUAAGGAUGGAGAGGGCAGGACCAGGGCCACCUCUGGGCUGGGCUGCUGUGGCAUCAGCAAGCUGCAGGCCUGCAGUGGGGAGCGAGUCUGGGGAGGUCAGCUUUGACUCUCUGUCGCCAGAGGAGAUGCUCUCCUGGGACAGUCCUCCCAGUGGGGGCUGGGUCAAGGAGUGGGCCACUCUCCUACUCCACAGCCCAGGUCCGGCCAGGUCUGAGCAGGUAAAAGCAUGUACGGCUAGGGCACGUGGAGGGAUUCCAGGUGGUCCUUGGGUCAGUGGGGAAAGCUGCAGGGCCCCAAGGGUAGUGUCUCCCUGGGGGCCAGGAGAGCAGCGGGCCUCAGUCUGGACGGAGUAGAGUCAGGGCUGCCCAGGCUCCUGGGGACCCAGGAUGCCCCUGUGCACAUGGGGUCCCCAUGGGGUCCCCCGAGGACUGCUGGAGUCCAGUCCGUGCAGAUCUGGGAACUGCCCAGCUGAGCACCUUGCCUUCCAAGCUGGACGGAUACCAGGGCCCCAGGGGUGGGGGCCAGGAGAGUGGGUGACCAGUCUGGGGCUCCCUGGGGUGGAAUUUGCGCUGCACUUACCCCCAGGGACUUUCCUGGGCAGCUGAUGGAGCGAGAUUCGGGAUGUGUGAGGGCACAGCGUGAGGCGCAGCAGCAGGAUGGGCAGGCGUGGCCUCUAUCGGGAGCGCAGGGGUGGGGGGGGGUCUGGGGUUCCCCUCGAGGAGCGAUCGCUGCCUCCUGGGGGCUUCACAGGGUGAGCACCGCGGCUCCAGGCUGGGUGGGAAGGGAGGCUGAGGGCUUCCCAGGGAGGGGGCGGGACGGAGCCCCCUCCGCUGUCCCCUCCCCUCAGAGCCCCUAGCUGUACAUACUCCAUCCUUGUGUGUUCCAUGACUGUCCCCACCACCUUCCUGUCACUUAUGACCACCUCGUAGGCUACCCCCUCGGGAUCCGAGCCCAGCGCCCCACAUCACAAACUUUGGUUUGGGGGGCUUCUUUACAUUCAUUUUAUUUUUCAUUUUGUACAGAGAAAUAUUCUUUUCAAAAGCGUCUUUCGACUGAAGUAACUUUUCUGGUGCUGUUGUUAACUUGUUCCUUUUUUUAAUUUAUUUUCCUACCCCAGGCUGCCCCUCCUGGUUCCAACUCACCCCUUUCCUCCCCUUACCCCACUCCCUCACUCCCCUCCAUCUGGACCAUUUUGUUUCUUUUCUUUCUGUCGGAUUUUGAAUACAUUCUCCUCCCUGCCCUCUUCAUUCCAUCCUCCCCUUGAUUUAAAUAGUCACCGCUACAAGUAACAAAUGCACUGUGAAGAUUCCAGUAUUAAUAAAGUCGUACUGUAAUUAACA